AUGGCGCAACACCUUCCUGCAGAGAUUCUGUUUCAUAUUUUUACUUCCUUCACAUCACCCGAUCAGUAUUUAAAUAAUUUAAUGCUCGUCUGUCGGGAUUGGUAUCAAACAACUAAUUAUGAAAUGUUUUGGUUGGCCUCUUUAAAGCGUAUGAUGAAACAACAAAUACUUGAUUGUGCCAGUGAAACAUUAGAAAAUUGUAUUACUUAUGCCUAUCCGGAAUAUCUUGUUAUCAAGAAAAAUGAUAUUCUCAAGGAGAGGCAGCACUAUGUGUCCAGUUUGAAAAAUAGAGAGAAAAUUCUGGUGGUGGACAUGAAGCCAUUCACAAAAAGGAAAGAAACUAAUGAUGACAUUUAUGGAGAUUCAUACAAGACGAAAUGCAUUCAGUUUAUAAGGGAGAGAAGAAAGAGAUUGAUUGCUUUGGAAAUGGCAAAAUUGGCCAUCACUUUUGAACAACCUUCUUUAUUUCAAGACAAAUCCGAAUGGACGCAAAUCAUGAAACUUAUUGAAAAUAAUCAAUUUUUCGAUAAGAAGGUGGUUGCAAAUUUGGGAAUUUUCAAUACUUCAACAACAAUAUUUCACAUUUUUAUCAAACAAGCACUAAUUCAUCAAGUUAUUGGAGAGGAAGAGUUUUUUGACACAGUUGCGUCAUUCUUUAUAUGUGAUUGUGGACUAAAUGUCUCCACAUAUAUUGAACCAUUAAUUGAGUCUAGGAAAAUAAGAUCUUUCUUGAAAGAGCGGAAUAAUUCUGAGACAUUCUUUGAAAAAUAUAAGAAUGAAGUGAAAUCUACUGCUAAGUCAGGAGUACCUGCUUAUUUGUUAAAAUUAAUAGUUUCAAGAGUAUCAAUGAAUAAUGAAUCACAUAUUGAAUUUGUAGGAAAAUGUGUUGAGCUAUUCAAGAGUAAGAAAUUGAUAAAAUUUAAGGAGAGUAUGGUAGAGCCGUACACUAAUAUUUAUAUGAAUGCUUUAUAUCCUAAUUGGAAAAAUAUUGAAUUAUACCUAAAAGAUAUGAAACUGAUGGAGUGUAAUGGAUUUGAUCAUUAUGAAUUCAUUGAUAGUAUUAUCAGAAAGGGUGUAUUUUUUAUGAAUGAGGAUGAGCAUGAGGAUUUAAUUAUAGAACUUUUACAACGAGCUCACCAAGAGUUUGGACUCAAAUUAGACGUUCCUCUUCCCAUGUCUCUCACUGAUACUAGAACGACAAAAACCCUCAAAUUUCUCGUAGAGAAUGGAGUUGAUAUUAAUUAUUUAUUGCCCAAUGGCACAUCUCCACUUGCACAAUUCAUAAGGCAUAAAUCAAAUAUUGAUGCCAUUUUGUACCUGAUUGAGAGAGGAGCCACUAUUCCACCAAUUGAGACUGCAACUACGAUCAACAAAUUAGACAAGCUUUUUGAUUACAUUUCAGACAUUGAUGAGUCUAAAUUCAUGUCAACAUUGAAAAUUCUUGUGGAAAAGUUUGGACCAAGAUUUUCAGGAGUUGCAAUUGAAAAUCUCUCUGUUGUGCAUUUAAGUAUGGAUAAUUUAUUUGCAUUGUUACUAUUGUUGAAACAAAGUACACAUUUCAAUGAAGAUGAAUCCACCUCCCUAGCACUCACAAGGUUUUAUUGUAAAUGGUACAACUAUAAUGGAAUUAAUUUUGAUAAGAAGGAGGAAUUCAGAAAUUUUGUGGAAAAUGAAUUGGGUAUUCAAUUAAUUCAAGCAAUUAUUGAUGAGAGCAAUAUUGGUGGCGAAAUUGACGAAGAGGAUGAAGAAUUUUUGUUAUGA